ACAUCCCCGCAGAACUCUGGGCCGGCCGAGCAUGGGGCGCCUGGGCUACGCCAAACUGGGGUCUUGGGGUCGCUUCUGGACCACCCUCACCUUGGUGGGCCUGGCCACUCGCGCGGCGCACAGAGCCGACCUUGGUGGGGAGGCCGCGGGCACGUCCAUCAAUCACUCCCAGAUGCAACUGCAGCGCCUGCAGGAGCUGCUGCGCCACGGCAAUGGCAGCGACGUGGUGCUGCGGGUGCAGGCGGCAGGCACCGACGAGGUGCGUGUCUAUCACGCCCACCGCCUGCUGCUGGAGCUGCAGAGUGAACGGUUCAGGGAGCUCCUGAGCAACCAGAGCGACGUGGUCCUGCAGGAGGCCCGAGAUGGUGCCGCUGUCUUCGACAAAUUCAUCAGGUACCUGUACUGCGGGGAGCUGACCGUGCUGCUGGCCCAAGCCAUCCCCUUGCACCGUCUGGCCACCAAAUACCGCGUGGCCUCACUGCAACGCGGAGUGGCCGACUACAUGCGUGCCCACCUGGCAGGUGGUGCGGGCCCAGCUGUAGGCUGGUACCACUAUGCGGUGAGCACUGGAGACGAAGCCCUGCGGGACAGCUGCCUGCAGUUCCUGGCUUGGAACCUGUCCGCUGUGACGGGGAGCCCAGAAUGGGGCUCCGUGAGCCCCGAGUUGCUGGCACAGCUGCUGCCACGCUCCGACCUGGUCCUGCAGGACGAGCUGGAGCUGUUCCAGGCGUUGGAGGCCUGGCUGGGGCGCACGAGGCCACCUGUGGCCGUGGCCGAGCGUGCCUUACGGGCCAUCCGCUACCCCAUGAUUCCGCCGGCCCAGCUGUUCCAGCUGCAGGCGCGCUCAGCCGCCCUGGCACGCCACGGCCCAGCGGUGGCUGACCUCCUGCUGCAGGCCUACCAGUUCCACGCUGCCUCUCCAUUGCAUUUUGCCAAAUUCUUCGACGUCAACGGCAGCGCCUUCCUGCCCCGCAACUACCUCGCGCCGGCCUGGGGCGCACCGUGGGUGAUCAACAACCCGGCCCGGGAUGACCGAAGCAUCAGCUUCCAGACCCAGCUGGGACCCAGCGGCCACGACUCGGGUCGUCGAGUCACCUGGAACGUGCUCUUCUCCCCACGCUGGCUGCCCGUCAGCCUGCGACCCGUCUACUCGGAUGUGGCGGGCACCGCCUUGCCCGCUGCACGGCCCGAGGAUGGGAGGCCUCGGCUCGUGGUCACCCCGGCCAGCAGCGGGGCCGAGGCGGCCGGAGUGAGCUUCCAGAAGACCGUGCUGGUCGGGGCCCGCCAGCACGGUCGCCUGCUGGUCCGUCACGCCUACAGCUUCCACCAGAGCAGCGAGGAGGCCGGCGACUUCUUGGCACAAGCCGACCUGCACAGGCGCAACUCGGAGUACCUGGUGGAGAACGCCUUGCACCUGCACCUCAUUGUCAAACCCGUCUACCACACCCUCAUCCGGACCCCCAAGUAGCUAUGCAGGGCUCUGGAGUGGGGAUUGAAGGCCUGGGGAGGGACCUGCGAGGUUUCCCCCACUGGUCACCUGGCACUGGUUUGCAACUGGAACUGGGUGGGAGGCAGGCGGUGGUUGGUGGUAGAUCAGAUGUCUCUGACUUGGGCUGAUUUCAAGAUAAGUUUUUGGUUGAAUAAACCAACGCUUAGAGAAGAACAGGGGUGGUUGUGGCUCCCGCUUUGGGGUCAGAACAGCCUGAGGAGAGUUCCAUAGUUCUA